GGCGGCAGGUCAUUGACGGUUUUUGCGCCGCGAAGAAGCAAGAUGACUCGUUGUGCUGGGCUGUGGAAGGCUUGUUGCUGCGCUGCGCUUCUCCUGCUCGGCGUGUUGACCGUGGCAGCUGCACAGAACGGAGCUGGCACUGCUGCUGCUACUGGUGCUGGUGCUGGUGCUGGUGCUGGUGGUGAUGGUGGAAGAGUGGGUUCCUCUUUCUCGGCACAGCCGCGAUCUUUCAACGUCAUUCGUCUUCGAGAUGCCGGCAUGAAAGACGUCAACGGGCUGUGGCACGAGAUGCUUGGGCUUCACAACGGUGCCCCUCAAUUUCAGCGGCGGGUGAAUGAUACCAAGGCCUACGAGCUCUUUCUUCAUCAAACAGAGGAUGGCAGCUGGUGGAACAUCCAGGAGGUGGUGAAGAGCGCCGAGACUGGGCAGGUGCGAUUUGGGUCUGUCGUGUACGGAAAGGCCGUCACCAAGGACAGCACGGACCCCACCGCCAUCCGAUGGGAGUCGUGGGAGCAGCGCGCUGGGCCUGCGCCGCUUGUGGACGACCUGCGUGUGUGUCAGAGCAUUGCGCAGUGCGAUCAUGGUGAUGACGAAUGUCUCGAUUACUACAUCACCGCCCACGCCAACAUGGAGUUCAUCCACGAUGCAAUGACCGACGACGGCGGCAUUUUGGCCUGUGAGGACCGCGGCGACUGGAUCAGAGACGUUUCAGAUGACGAAAUCGAACGCUUCACGCGCCUGUUCCGCACAACGGGGAUCGUGUCCAUCCCAAACUUCUUCCGUGAAGACGUGUUUGUGGCGCUGCAAGAGGAGCUGACACGCCCGCUGCACUCCCAGUUCUGGCAGGCGUCGUUUGUGGACCCGGCGACAAGCCGAGCAACCACCGUCCCGCGCAGCAGGGCGAACAACGCGCGCAUCGAGCGCAUGAUUGCACAGCAGCACACGCGCAGGCGGCAGGGGAAGUACGCGUACAGCUUCACGCGCACGGUGUCGACGGCGCCCCCAAAGUACCGCCGCUUCUACCGCCACUUCUUCGGCGACAUGGCGAGCGUGAUGGAGUCGCGGCGCAUGCAGCAGCUGCUCACGCGCAUCUCACAGCGCAGCUACGAGCUCACCGUCCUGUUCAUCAGCAGAUACACCUCUGGCGACUUUCUCGAUCGACACUCGGACAGCGUUGAAACGCGGAGAAUUGCGUUUACGUUUCACUUGACAGAGGACUGGCGUCUGGAGUAUGGGGGCCUGCUGCUCUUCCUCAACCAGUACAACUGGGAUCAAGCAGAGCGCGUUCUGGUGCCUCAACGAAAUGCGUUUACGUUCUUUGACGUCAGCGAAGAGCGACGCGUCCUUCCACAUCUCGUCACCGAAGUCGUGGCAGGUCUGGACCGGGAGAGGAUUGCCGUGACUGGAUGGAUGCAAUUCAAGGGCGAACGGGACAAGUUUUGCUUUCCCUCCUCGCAUGAGUGGUUUUACGACUCCUAACCUAACCAACAGCAGCAACAACAACAACAACAACAACAACAA